AUGAUGUCUGAGGCCGUUUAUGAGGAGAUUCAGCACAGACACAAUCACUUCACUCAGAGGGGGAGUCUUAUCUCUGAAGAACUGCAUUCUGGGUAUGAAGAUGCUGAUGAGCUUCUCUCAGAAGAGAUGAAGCAAAUCACACCGGGAUACUAUGAUGAUUUCAUCACUGAUGGACUGAAACCAGAUCGUGAGACAGAGGGAGAUCAGGAGGAGUAUGAUGAUGUGAAGAACAGCAAUGAAGAUGAGAGAAACCUGUUAGGGAGUCUCAUCUCUGAAGAACUGCAUUCUGGGUAUGAAGAUGCUGAUGAGCUUCUCUCAGCAAAAGAGUUCAAGACUGCAUAUUAUGAUGAUGUCACCAGCAACAGUGGCCUAAAAGAAGAGAUGGUGAAGGAAAUCACACCGGGAUACUAUGAUGAUGUCAUCACUGAUGGACUGGAACAAGAUCGUGAGACAGAAGAAACACCGGAGAGCUAUGAUGAUGUCAUGACGAGCGGACACAGCACUGAUAUCAAAAAAGUGGACACACCUGAGAAUUAUGAUGAUGUCAUCAUUAAUAGACCAAGCUCUCAUGGGGUAACAGAGGGAGUUCAGGAGGAGUAUGAUGAUGUGAUGAGUGUCAGUGAAGAUGUGAGAAACCUGUUGGAUUAUGAUGAUGUGGAGGAGGAGUCAAACAAAGAAGUGGGGCAUUUGACUCAAUGAUGAUCCAUUGCCUCAGUUCAACAAAUCUGAACAAAGUUUGAGUGAUAUUGUUAUUGAUGUCAAAUCUCAGGUUUUUAUAUUUUUCGCCAUUUUUGUAUUAAAACUUUUUUAAUUUUGCAUUUUGUGACCUCUUUUGGGGCCUUUUUAAUAUCAAUAAAAACAUUUCAGACAAAUUUUUGUAUGUAUUUCAGUAAGACAUUAGACAACAAAGCAUAAGCAACACAUUGAAGACAUUCUAAAUAUAAACCCAAAUGACCAUCAGUGAUUUAACAUCACUGCAGCAAGUACUGGACUUUUGUGAGUUGAUAAAUGGGGGAGAAAAAAAUCUAACUUCUACAAUAGAUACACACACACAGACACACACACACAAAGUCUGUAUCAAAUAUUAUCUUAUGUGAUCAGCUAUGUUUUUAACCAAUAAAUAAAUACUCAUA